AUUUAAUAAAAAUGUCACUCGGUUAUACAAUAACAUUAGUUCUUCUUUGAGGAAUUCUCAGUUGUUCCUUGGCACAACCAGAUGGGGCUUUGACUGUUGCUCAAAGAUGCGAGAGAUAUGGAUUUGGAUAUGAGGAAUAUCAGAUCACUACUGAAGAUGGGUACAUCAAUACUCUUAUGAGAAUCCCAUCAACUCCGGGUAGUCAACAAGCAGCAGGCAAGCCUCCAUUAUAUUUUAUCCAUGCGACUCCAUUCUCUUCAGAAGAUUUCACAGCCCGUGGUCCAGAAGACUCUCCAGCUUUUCAUUUUGCUAAUCUAGGGUACGAUGUAUGGUUAAACAACUGGAGAGGCAGCAUUCAUAGCAGAGGUCAUGUCCAAUAUGAUCCUCAAACAGAUCACGAAUAUUGGAACUAUGACUUAGUUGACAUGAGAUAUGACCUCCUGGCUGACAUCAUGUUUAUUCUAAAUACUACAGAGUAUGACCGAUUAAGCACUUAUGCAUUCUCAAUGGGAGGUACUACUCUUGCAUACGCAAUGGCAAUAGAGGCCGAAUUCUUUGCAUCAAGAAUUGGUGUGGCUGCUCUAAUGGCGACUCCAAUUUCAUAUGCUCACACAAACAACUUUAAUUAUGCAAUUGCAGGGAACUAUCCGUGGAUACUCACUUUGUUUGGAGGAAACAGUGGCAUUUAUCAUGGGCCAGGAGGCUUACUUGAUUUUGUUCAGAGAAAUAUAUGAGCACCAUUCCCUACUCUUUGUAUGAUUUUAGGUGGUCAAGACCCAAAUUCAGAUGAUUUAGAAGGGUUCUCUAACCUCAUGAUGCAAGGAGGAAGAGGCGAGAGCACUAGAAUGACCACUCAUUUUGUUCAGAGUGCCAGGACGGGGAGAGUCUCAUAUUUCGAUUAUGGAGCUCAAGGGAAUCUUGAAGUCUAUGGAACAGAAGAAGCUCCAUUAAUCCCAUUACAAAACACUGAUAAUCCAGUUGCUCUUUUAUACUCAGAAGAGGAUCCAGGGUCAAACCCUAUAGAUAUUGAACAAUAUAUAGAUCUCCUAGGAGAUAAUUGAGUAUUUUAUCAAUACUAUGAUGUUACUCACACAGGGUUCUUGGUUAGUGAAAACUUCCCAUUUUACCCCGAUUUAGAAGAGCUAUAUGAAACUUUUAGAGGAGAAAUAACAGUAUAA